GCCUGUGCAGAAUCGCGCAGGUUUUUUAUUACUAUUAUUAUUUUUUUUUUGGAGGGGGAGGGGGGAUGGGGGGAGGCGUAUGACAGGAAGCUGGGGAUAUGGCGAGUAGAUGGGGACAUGGAGAGGAGGAGGAUGUGGACGAGGAGGACGACGACGAGGAGGAGCAAAGAUGGGGGAGGAGAAGAGAUGGAGGGAGGGAAAGAGGAAGGGCGGGAGGAGGACGAGUGGGAGGAGGAGGAGACAUGGACGGAGAGGAACGGGAGGACAUGAGGAAGGUAAGGAGACGAGGAGGCAUGGAAGAUGGCGAAGUACGAGGAGGAGGAGGAGACAAGGAGGAUGAGGAAGGGCAGGAGGAGGACGAACACGAUGAGGAGACAUGGAGUUAAAAUGAAGCGUCCAACGAAUU